UUCGGAUUUAAAUCAAAGGCAACUUGGCGCCCACCGUUCGUUUGGUUUCGGAAGCGGAGGCGCAAGAAGGCAGUCCAAGAAGAGUGCCAUGGGGCUCCCAAGCAACGCUGGAUCGUGGAAUUCGAUGGAAUAGACUGCCUUCCGGCAAACGAUCCCUCCAUUGUGAGGACAGUGUCGAUGGCGACGGCGGUAUUGGAUUCGGACGACGAUCACGCAGACGAGGAGCUGCUUCUGGACUGGAGAGGGCCGGCAGCCGUGCAGCCGCAGGGAACCUUGGGGUUCAAGCAGGUGAAGCUGAGAGCUGCCGAUGCUGUCAAGGCGAUUGUGCCCAAGCCAAUGCAGGUGCAGGAGCGCAAUGAGAAGAGAAAGGCUGAUGUUUACAGAAGCUGCGAGAAUGUUGUCUUUGUUUCGUUGUCUGAUGACGAGGAACCAGUUGAAGCCAGGAAAAAGAGCUCACCGCCAUUCUCUACCUCGUCGGCGAAGCAUGCGGGUCCGAUAUUGUGUGUCUGGAUUCCGACUCCGAUUCAGAAAAACCCCUUUCUACUGACAUGACAGCCAAAUCCUCUGCAACAAUUGGAAAGGUUGAAGAGACAGUUUUGAGCAGGACAUGGAAUAAGGCUUCGUGCCCUGAAAAUGCCACAAAUAUCGGUCCUAAGAAGCAGUACGAGUUCACUCCUCCCUGUACAUCUAGAGCUGAUACAGAAUCCGGAGUAAAGCCUCCACUCGCCACUUUAGAGAGGAGUACAUGUACAAUUUCUGAAGUUAGCAAGCUCGGCCACCAGUGCGAACCCACACCUGAAAAGAGCGUUGCUACCUAUGAGAAGCCAGUUGGUUCAACAUCCGGCGAGUUGGUUGUCACUCCAAGGGUCACCGCAGGCUCUACGAGUCGAAAUGACAGAACAGAGUUCGAAUUCUUAUCAAGCGAAGAAAGGGUUAGUAACUUUAGAAGAAUUUUGGAGGGCACUGUCGAUCACGGGAGCUCCAGUGCUAAGCCUGCUCGGAGGCGGGGUGACAAAUCUGCAAGAGCCGCUCAGCUGUCCGUGUACGACUUCGAAGACGAGGCAGAGCCAGCGGGCAGGAAUGGACGUGAAAGGUCCCGUCCUAUUCCCGAGGGCAUUCUUAAGGAGCGCUCUGAAAAUAUGCUCGUUCCAGCUUCGGUGACAGCAGUGAAGAGCUCCCUGUCAAGAUCAGUGGAGAGUCAUGACAAGCUGAGCCGGCCAUCUCACAUCGUAAUCGAGGACCUGUCAUCGUCCGAAGAUGACGAGGAGUCGAGGGAGCGGUUUGUCAGUACCUCGAAUGGCCAGGGCGGUACAAGAGUUCAUGGGAGAAGGGCGACCAGUGUCAAAAAAUGGAGUCCAGCUGCGGCGAUCGAUGUCGACGAUUUGUCUGCUGAUGAGGCUUCUGAUUCAGAAAGGCCACAUGCCGGGCGAGAACCAGAAAUGGAAGAUCGGGAGGAGCCUCUUCACAGCAUGUCUGUUUCGGUAGCAUGCCAUACUUCUCACAAUGUGGCACCCGAAGUCCUCAACAUUGGGGUUUGUACGAGCGAUCUUGACGUUCGUUUCGUGAAAAGUCCUUCAGUGCCGAUGCCACCGAAGAGGAAGUGCGUAAGGUCUGUAGAAUAUUUGGAAGGACGGUUUGCAGGUAUAAACACUCCUGACUUCGAAACUGAAGCAAGCACUGCAGAACUGACGGUGGGCACGGGAAGGAUAAGUCCCAAUACUUGCAAAGAAUCAUCAGCAUUCGAAACCACAAAGGGAGCUAUUGAGCUGGAAAAGUUGGAGAGAUCGAAGGGUACCAGAGGAAGACGACGUCUCAGCAGUGACAAGGAUUUGUCAGCAUUCGAAGCCUCAAAAGUAGCUUUGGAGCUGGAGAAGUCUGAGAAAAAGAAAGAACGAGAGAGAGAACACGAGGCAAGGAAUGCACUGAAGGAGGAAGAAAAGAGGCGUCGCAAGGAUGAAGCGCUUAAAAGGAGAGAGGAACUAAAACAGCAGAAGGAAGCUGCAAAAGCGGAAGCGGCAGAGAGGAAAAGAAUCGAGCAGGAGUGUAGCAAAUGGAAGAAAGGAAAGUUUGCGUUAGAGCACACAACCAUAUACAUCGACAAAAGGAUCAUCGAGUCGAAAACGUUAGGCCCUCCCUUACUUCAGCAGCUUGCAAGCAAAGAAUAUACCUACCAAGUGGUUACCAACCCGAUCCAGAAAACUAUAUUAUGGACGAUGAAAAUGCCACCGGAGGACUCCCAAGCUAUCUUGGAUGCACUUGGAAGCCAGAAUGAGUCUAUAUCAAACUCACAGCUACCCUUGGAGGAAGUCGAGAUCAAAUACGUGGUAGUAUUUUUGGAUGCUGCUGAGUUCACAGAGAUGGUAGAAGGAGAUGCUGUAAAUGAUCACAUAUCCAGAGUCAAGAAACAGCACCCUGGAUACUCCUUAUGUUACCUAGUCAACAACCUGACGCGCUACAUCUAUAAAUUAGAGCAGACCCACUACAGAGCUGGUAAUAAAAAUUGGAGGCGACCGAAAGUUGAGCAGGUGCUAGCAGAGUUUAUUACCCAUCACGUGGGCGUACUGUCUCGUUUAUGUCUCGACGAAAACGAAAUGGCAGAACAUAUCCUUGGACUUACACGGGGUCUUGCCGAAUGUCCAUUCAAGUCUAAAUUAACAACUCUUACUAUCAAUGCGAAUGGACAGCAUCUGAGCAAGAACGAUCCCAACAGGGAUGUCAUCAAGAGGGACCCUUGGAAGCGAGCCUUAGCAGCUAUUCCAAACAUCACCGGAGCCGCAGUGAUUGCCAUAGCUAGAGUUUAUCCAACCAUGCGUGCUCUCCUGAACGCCUAUUUGGAUCCUACUAAAACUGUGCUGGAGAAGGAGUUCCUUUUGCAAGAUAUCGUAAAAGAUGCAGUUCUUGGAUCUGCCAAUGCCGAGGGAAGACGGGUUGGCCCAGUUUGCUCGAAGCGUAUCUACAGACUGUUGAUGGCGCAAAAUGGUAACCUCAGGACGGAAGCUGCAGAGGACGGAGAAGAUUAUUUCAGUCAGCAACGAGAAUAGUACAGUAAAAUAUUCUAACAGUCAUUAGAACAGCACCCAAAGCAACGGGAGUCUUGCUUUGAGAUAAUGUACAGUAGAAAAUGUAGUUGCCGAUCGUGAGGUCUCAAAUCAAAAUGUAGGAAUCAUUGUGGUAAAUCACAUACGGGGAUUAUCUCGAUCCCACGGCUUUCAUCAUGCCGACUUUUGCCUAUUGUCUGCAAAGCCUUCCACAUUCCAGGUCUUUUUCUGUGACUUUCUCGUGUGUUGUGGCCAA